GCCUAUGGCGGCAUGGCAAUCUUCGGUGAAAGCGUGCGACAGGUUCGCGGGAUUUUAAAAAUUUUUUUUUCGUGAGCGAUGCUGGAUUUCCGUGUAUGUCGGCUAUAUUAGUUUUAUUUUAUUUUAAUAUUUUUGGUGCUGGGAUGAGAGGGGGGUGCAGGAGCUCGAGUGGCCAACACGAAGCAACAUGGCUGCGCGGGCACUUAUGCAAGCGUGUGUGACUUUUGUGUGGCGUUGCUGUUCUUCGACACCGGAAACUUUUUGUGUGCGACGCGGCACUAGGUCAGCGUUCACAUGUUGACUGUGUCGAGGAUUAUGUGUCGCGUCUCCUACUCGCCCCUGCAAAGCGUUCACCCUGUUUUGCCCGCGAACCCUUGGGAAAUCAUUGCUGUGUUCAAGAAAACUUUCUCGAAGACGACAUCAAAGCAACUUGGUGAAAAAUCGACAGAAAAAAGGCAUUUCGGCACUGCGAAGCAUCGGCAUGGCGUAGACGAGCUCGUUCCCGGUUCUGCUGGCGGCGUUGCUGAUCGAGAGCUACCUGCUGCUCAAAAAAAAUACGUGAGAACAAAACAAAACAGACGCCUCAAUUUGAUACGAACAUUUCGACGGAAGGACUUAUUCGGGAGCAAAUGCUACAGCUGUUACCCCCGGUGGGGCUUAGUCCUCUCCCCGACCAAGGAGCACACGGGAUAGCGGGCAGGUGUCAGUGUUCGGGGAAAACGGAGGCGGCAUCACUUAGCCGAAUGAAUAA